AUCAUCAUUCCAUACUCUUUUUUCUUUUAAAAUUCCCCCACACAGUGACACACACCUCCCCUUUUCUUCACUGACAACGACAUCAAUCCUUAAAUAUUCCCCUCUUUUUCCAUUGCUAAACCUUUGAUUUCUCGAUGGUCGGAAGAUCCAAGAAAACUGGCCCUUUUUUAUUUUUCUAUCCAGUUAUAUUGCAAGUUUGUUUAUUUUUGGGUUUCAAGGCGGGGGAUUUCUCAUUUCUCUGUAGUUUAAUAAUGGCGGAUUUAACAUAGAUAUUGUCUGAUUGUAGGAGUACAGCUUUUGAUAGAUAUAAGUACGUUUAGCAUUUGUUAGCAGAUUGUGACAUCAUAGAGAUGGUGCAAACUCCGUUUACAUGGCGCUAUGGCGGUCGUCAAGUCUUCCUCUCCGCUUCCUUCAAUGGGUGGACUGAGAGGAUACCGCUGCUUUUAGUGGAAGGUUCGGAAACUAUUUUUCAGAAGAUUAUUGAUCUUCUGCCUGGAUGUUAUCAGUACAAAUUCUUGGUUGAUGGUACAUGGGAAGUUGAUCAGCAGCAGGUUUGUGCUACAGAUGAGUUCGGAACUACAAACAACGUAGUUGUCGUGAGUGCAACGAGCUUUGCAGGUUCGUCUUCAGGCGUUCCCCUCGAUGGAACAGUUGUGCCAUUAACCGAUGGUGAGAUGGAUAUUUCCCGUCAAGUUGUAUCCAUGCAUUUGUUGUCAUCUACAACGUAUGAGCUGAUACCAAUUUCAGGCAAGGUUAUUGCUUUGGAUGUUGAGGUGGAUGUGGAACAAGCCUUCCAUGUUAUGUAUGACUUGGGGUUGACAGUUGUGCCUCUAUGGGAUGAGAGCAGCGGUCAGUUAGCAGGAAUGUUAACUGCUUCAGAUUUUAUUUUGAUUUUGCUUCAGCUUCAUGGAGAUCAAGGAAUGUUUGCUAAUGAAGAGCUUCAAGCACGAACAGUUUCUUCAUGGAAAGGAUGGAAGCUUCAACAUCACCGAGAUUUGAUUAGGACUACUGUUCCCUUUCAAAGAAGGCCUUUGAUUCAUGCUGGUCCGGACGAAUCCUUAGCUGGACUGGCUUCAAGGAUUCUACACAAUAAUAUAUCUGCUGUUCCUAUUAUACAUUCAGUAAAUGGAAUGAGUCCUCGUUUACUACAUGUGGCGUGCCUUGCUGGGAUAUUAAGAAAUGUAUGCAACCAUUUACGGCACCAUCUCGGACAUCUAACUCUCCUACAGCAACCAGUUGGCUACCUUCCCGUAGGCGCUUGGGCUGCUGAAGUUAGACAAACAUUUAGUCGCCCUUUGAUGGCGCUACACCCCAACGACACCCUUAGUUCUGCUCUUGCUUUAUUACUACAAGCUCAAAUAAGCUCAAUACCAAUAGUUGAUGAUGGGGGCAACUUUCUAAAUAUGUACUCUAAGAGUGAUAUUACCUCAUUGGCAAGGGACAACAUUUACACACGCGUUCAACUAGACCAGAUCACAGUAUCUCAAGCACUAGAACUCACCGGUGAAAGAGGCCCAACUCGGUACAAGACAUGCACUAGGUUCGACUCCUUGUACCGCGUAAUGGAACUUCUCUCUGAGCCAGACGUGCGCCGGGUAGUCGUGGUCGAGGCCUCCAGCCGCCGUGUUGAAGGUAUAAUCACAUUGAGAGACGUUUUUAACCUCUUGUCUAUUUGAAUCUGCCGUUCAAUUUUUCAUGAAAACAUUCAACCUGAUUACCAGAAUGUAUGCCCAUCAACUGUAAAUAAGAGAAUUUCAGUGAAGUUCCUUUCUCCUUUCCA